UUUGCUUCUGUCUUCUACAUCUUCCUAUCGGACGGAGAAGGAACGCUCUGACAAGCAGAGGGCUAGAGCUUCUUUCCAGAAUACGGAGUCCCAGAACACGAUCGGUACUGGAGGGAGACACAAGUGGACCUGUCAGCCUACAGAAAUCCAGUUGCUCUUUUGGAAUUUUGGGAAACUUCUUCCGUUUUUUAUAAUAGGGAUUAAGUGAAUUUUCAAGGGAACUUAAAGCGUGAAGACGUACGGUAGUAUGGAAACAUCCAGAUGACGGUGAGGUAGCACUGCAGGUGAGACUAUUUACCUUCACGCAAACUUGCCUGUGUGUUCACAUCCGAGUGCCGUUCGUGGGCUUGCUUUGGGCUCGGUCAUACGAGACCCUGAAGAGACUCCAGUUAUCUGCCAACCCUCCCCCUACUCCAGAUUGCUCCUCAUAGCAUUUCUGCCUUUAUUUUCCGUGUCUGGCUAUCUGAUGAAUGGGUGAGCGUUCUAUAUGAGGACCUGCUUUUGAUGAGCGCCCGGAGUCUGAACUUCCUCUUCACCCUAUGAAGGUUGAAUUCUGUGGUGGUUGUUAAGCUGCCUGGGAAGACCACUGAAGAACGCAGUGACGGAACUGUAUCUGCUGGUGUUAAAAAAGAAGAGGGAGUGAUACCGAUAGAGGGGGUGGACAGCUCUGCCUGUGUGAGGAGAUGAAGAAAGCAGGGGCACUGAGCGGAAUGUGAAAGUAUAUUGCUCUGGAUGCUACUUUUGUGUAUUGCUGAAGACAAAGUAAUAGGAAGUCAGUUCGGAAGCAAAAGAAGAAGGACCAGCAAGGAACUUUAAUCAUAACAAAAGCUUUUAAUGAUCUCUGGCAUCUUGGCAUGUGGGACGUUUAAGCCUUAAUGCAGGUGCUGUUAUAUUUAAGAGAACAAAGAAAGAUCUCACUACCACAACUUGGGUUUGAGGUUCCUAACAUUUUCCUAUUAUUUCUGGUGUCUGCCCCAUUUGGGUUUUAAUAUAAGUCAUUGAAGGAGCAAGCGGCUAAUGAAUUUUAUAACAGGACUUCCCUUGGCAUUUUAAGGGAAUAUGGGCUUAUUCAUCUUUGUUACCAUGUAUCCUUACUGAUUCCGAGGAUCUUUACGGAAUGUGGCAUUGCCUGGAUAUGCAGAGCUAAUUUGGAUGUACAGUGUUCUGUGGAAUGGGCUGCAUGAACUUUCCAAAGGCACAUGAGUUUGUGAAUCCCCUGUACUUUGGACUCUACAAACAUACUACAAAAACACUCUUCUUGAUCACAGGUGGCCUUACUCACGCUGGCUUGGUCUGAGUAUACCAUGGUGUCCUAACUGCUAGAGAAAUAACUUUGUGCGCACAGAAGGGGUUUUAGAUGCCCUCUCCACCCUCAUUGUCAAUAAUUAAUCUGGAUGGAAUCUAAAGCUGGUUUGUGGAGAAUAUAGACGGACCUCGCAACGCUUUGGCCAUGACUGGCUGCCACUACCCUGCUCCAGCCGUUGAGCGGGACCGAAUUUAUCAUCAUAAAGUCUCCCUGGUUGUACGCUAUUUUAUGAUCCCUUGUAACAUAUGCCUGAUCCUGCUUGCCACCUCCACGCUCGGAUUUGCCGUCCUUCUUUUCCUCAAUAACUAUAAACCUGGCAGCCAUUUCCCAAGCCCACAACCAACCCUACAAGAUGCGUGCCGAGGAAUGCUCUGCGGUUUUGGAGCUGUGUGCGAGAAGAGCGCCACUGACCCGUCUCAGGCAUCCUGUGUCUGUAAGAAAACGGUGUGCCCGUCUGUGGUUGCCCCGGUGUGUGGAUCAGACUACUCCACCUACAGCAAUGAGUGCGAGCUGGAAAGAGCUCAGUGCAACCAGCAGAGAAGGAUUAAAGUGAUCAGCAAGGGACCUUGUGGCUCCCGGGACCCAUGUUCUGGAAUUACCUGUAGUUAUGGCAGUACCUGCGUACGGUCGGCAGAUGGACAAACGGCAAAAUGUGUCUGCCCAACCACAUGUGCUGGUGUUCCAGAAUCCAUGGUUUGUGGCAGUGACGGCAAAGACUACCGGAAUGAGUGCCACCUCAACAAGCAGGCCUGUGACAAUCAGGAGAACCUCUAUAAGAAGUUUGAUGGCUCCUGCGACCCAUGUAAGAGUGCCCUCAAUGACAUGAACAGAGUAUGCAGAGUGAACCCACGCACCAGACGAGUGGAAAUGCUUGCCCGGCCGGAAAACUGCCCAACGCGAAAAGAGCCCGUGUGUGCGGAUGAUGGGGUGACCUAUGAUAACGAGUGUGUCAUGAGCAGAACCGGAGCCAUCAAUGGAAUAGAACUGCAGAGGGUGCGCUCAGGGCCUUGUCAGGCUCAGGAUAAAUGCAAAGAUGAAUGUAAGAACAAUGCUGUGUGCCUUAACCGGCGCGGAGUCACCCGUUGCACUUGUGACCGCAUCACUUGUGAUGGCACCUACAAGCCUGUCUGUGGCCGGGACAGCCACACUUACUCCAACGACUGCGAGAGGCAAAAGGCCGAAUGCUAUCAGAAAAUGGCUAUUCCAGUGAAACACAAGGGUCCAUGCGAUCUACACGCUCCCAGCCCUUGCCUGGAUGUGAAGUGUGGAUUUGGAGCAACGUGUGUCGUGAAGAACCAGCAAGCCGUGUGCGAAUGCCAGCAGGCGUGCCAGGCUGUGUACGACCCUGUGUGUGGCAGCGACAAGCGCACUUAUGGAAACAUGUGUGAGCUGGAGUCCACAGCCUGCGCACUCAAGAAAGCGAUUACUGUUAAGCACAAGGGGCCCUGCGACCCCUGUGGAAAGUGUCAAUUUGGAGCUAUCUGUGAAGCUGAGACUGGCCGUUGUGUCUGCCCGACGGAAUGUGUCCCCUCAACCCAGCCCGUGUGCGGAACUGAUAAAAAAACAUACAGCAGCGAGUGUGAGCUCCAUGUACGAGCCUGCACUCAACAGACUGACCUACAGGUGGCAGCACAAGGAGACUGCAAAACCUGUGGAAACACCAUCUGUAGCUUUGGCGCCCAGUGUGUGAACAGCCAGUGCGUUUGCCAGCGGUGCGAGCGGCAGCCGUAUCUCCCAGUGUGUGGCAGUGACGGCACCACCUAUGAUAACCAGUGCGAGCUCCAGGCUGCGUCAUGCAAACUCAAGAAGAAGAUAGAAAUGGUCAGGGCAGGAUCUUGUGAAGACGAAUGUGGCUCUGGGACGGAUGGAUCUGGCUCUGGUGAGGACAGUGAAUGUGAACAGGAUCGCUGCCGGCGCUACGGCGGUUCAUGGGAUGAGGAUGCGGAAGAUGAUAGGUGUAUCUGUGAUUUCACCUGCCACGCAGUGUUGCGGAAUUUGGUAUGUGGUUCCGAUGGUGUUACCUAUACAAACGAGUGUGAGCUGAAGAAAACCAGGUGCGAGAGGCGCCAGGAUCUGUUUGUCGCCGGACAAGGCCCAUGCAGAGCUGCAACCACCAGCUCGCCUCCUCUGGUCCCACACUGCAGCCACACGGUGUACGGAUGCUGUCCGGACAAUGUCACUGCAGCGCUCGGCGUUGGUCUGGCCGGAUGCCCAAGCAGCUGUCAGUGUAACCAGCAUGGCUCCUACGGGGGUACCUGUGAUCCCACCACUGGUCAGUGCUCCUGCAAACCUGGCGUCGGAGGCCUGAAGUGUGACCGAUGCGAGCCCGGAUUCUGGAAUUUUAGAGGCAUAGUCACUGAUAAGAAGAGUGGUUGUACCCCGUGUAACUGUGAUCCGGUGGGGGCCGUACGCGAUGACUGUGAGCAGAUGACAGGGCUUUGCUCGUGCAAGGCUGGCAUCUCCGGCUUGAAGUGCACUCAGUGCCCAGAUGGACGAAAGCCUGGCCUGACUGGCUGCGAGAAAGAUCCUUCUGCUCCAAAAUCUUGCAAUGACAUAACAUGCCAGUUUGGGGCAACCUGUGUGGUGGUUGGGGGAUUUGCCCACUGCGAAUGCCCCUCUCCUCUGUGUGCAGAGACUAAUCUCACAAAGGUCUGUGGCUCUGAUGGAGUGACUUAUGGAGACUGGUGCCAGCUGAAAACCAUUGCUUGCCGACAAGGCCGAACCAUUGCUGUGAAGCACACAGGAUCAUGCCAAGAAACUGUCACUCAUGCCAAUCUUCAGACAUUGGCUCCAACUGGGACACCAAGGCCUCCUAUUGGUCGAUCACUCCAAACCCCAGUGACCACCAAAACGCGAUCUUCCAAGAAGGAAAUAGACUCUUUUCCACUGGUGAUGGAAGUUACAACCCCAACUUCAACUCCAACCCAGAGGCCUACCAGUACCGCCAAACCGGCGACCACUACACGCAGAGUCUUUACGUCAGCCAGGCCAGCUGUUACAGUUCCCGUUGUCCGAACCACAGUAGCUCAAACCUUUGAUGAAUCGGGAAGUGGAAGUGGUGAUGAUGACUAUGAAGCUAGUGGCGAUCAAGAAAUGAGUGGAACAGAACCUCAAAAAGGAGCAUUUGAUGAACAACGUGAAGAAGGUGAAGAAGAACUAGACCUUGGGGCUACCCCAGUCAUGGAGAGAGCCAGCUGCUAUAACACACCUCUGGGAUGUUGCUCAGAUGGCAAGACGCCAGCUAUUGAUGCUGAAGGGACCAAUUGCCCAAAAACAAAAAUUUUCCAGGGUGUCCUCAUAGUAGAGGAGCUGGAGGGACAAGAAGUGUUUUAUACACCAGAGAUGUCAGACUACAAGUCUGAGUUGUUUGGGGAAACGGCAAGAAGCAUUGAGAAUGCGCUGGAUAAUCUCCUCCGAAACUCUGACGUGAAGAGGGAUUUCAAGAGUAUUCGUGUACGGGACCUAGGGCCAAGCAAUUCCAUCAGAGCCAUUGUGGAAGCACAUUUCGACCCAGCUACCACCCUGUCUGCCCUGGAUGUGCAGAAAGCGUUGCUGAAGCAGCUCAAGAACACGAAGAAGAAGGCGAUCACAGUGAAGAAGCCUACACAGGACCAUAUCAAAUUCUUGGAUUUUGGUGAGACCCUUGACUGGGUACCUAUCAUGGUUACAACUACCACAACAACUGCUGCAACUACCAGCAUUGUAGCAACUACCAGUACUGUGGCAACAACUUCUCCUCUGGUGGCAACUACCACCACUACGACCACCACACCAUCUCCCAAAAGGACGAUUGCUGUCAAGACGACUUCGGUACCACUGGUCACCACAGCCAGAAUGACGACAAGAAGGCCAGCUACUACCAAGAGACCCACUACCACCUUCCCAGCCACUACCAGACGCAAACCUGCCCGACCUCCCCCAGCCACCAGGAAGCCCCCUCGCCCAUGUGAUUCGCACCCAUGCAUGCAUGGUGGCACCUGUGAGGACGACGGGAAAGAUUUUACCUGCAGUUGCCCCGCUGGAAAAGGAGGAGCAGUUUGUGAGAAGGACGUUAAAUAUUUCAUACCUGGAUUUGGUGGCAAGUCAUAUCUUGCGUUUAAGAUGAUGAAGGCAUACCACACCGUACGCAUUGCCAUGGAGUUCCGCUCCUCCGAGCAGAACGGGCUGCUUUUGUACAAUGGCCAAAUACGUGGAAAGGAUUUUAUCUCUCUGGCAGUCGUGAACGGCUUUGUGGAGCUCAGGUUCAACACUGGAUCAGGCACAGGAAUAAUCACCAGUAAAGUACCAGUUGAGCCUGGCAAAUGGCACCAACUUAUAGUGAAUCGUAACCGUCGCAGUGGUAUGUUGUCUGUGGAUGGAGAAAGUCAUGUGAAUGGUGAAAGCCCAUCUGGCACUGAUGGACUGAACCUUGAUACAGACCUCUUCAUAGGAGGAGCACCCGAGGACCAGAUGGCUGUGGUGUCGGAGAGAACGUCAGUCUCCACUGGUCUUAAGGGCUGCAUCCGUCUGCUGGACGUCAACAACCAAGUGUACAACCUGCAGGAGGAAGGAGCGGAUGUCUUGUACGGCAGUGGUGUUGGCGAGUGCGGGAAUAACCCUUGCCAGCCCAACCCUUGUCACAAUGGUGCUGUUUGCCAAGUAAAGGAGGCUGAAAUGUUCCAUUGCCUGUGCCUCAGUGGAUACAUGGGGCCAACCUGUGCUGAUGAGCGGAAUCCAUGUGACCCGAACCCAUGUCACGUCUCUGCUACCUGCCUUGUCCUUCCAGAGGGAGGCUCCAAGUGUGAGUGUCCAAUGGGCAGAGAAGGAGAAUUCUGUGAAAAAGUAAGCGAUCGGGAUCCGAAUGUUCCUUUCUUACCUCAUUUUAACGGCUACGCCUACUUGGAAAUGAAAGGUCUUCAGACAUAUGUCACUGACAUAAGUGACAAGCUAUCCAUGGAAGUAGUGUUCUUAGCAAGCAGUCCCGGAGGCCUGAUCUUCUACAACGGUCAAAAGACUGACGGAAAAGGCGACUUUGUAUCCUUAUCUCUUCAUGAUGGCCACCUGGAAUACCGUUACGAUUUAGGAAAAGGAGCUGCCGUAAUCAGGAGCAAAGAUGAGGUUCCCUUAAACACCUGGGUCAGUGUCACACUGGAAAGGAGUGGAAGGAAAGGGUUAAUGCGGAUCAAUAACAAGGAACAAGUCACUGGAGAGUCUCCGAAAUCCCGUAAGGCACCGCACACAGCUCUUAAUCUGAAGGAGUCUCUCUUUGUCGGUGGGGCUCCAGAUUUCAACAAAUUGGCAAGAGCUGCCGCUGUUUCCACUGGCUUCAAAGGGGCUAUCCAGAAGAUUACUAUUAAGUCUCUUCCUGUGCUAAGGGAAGACAAUAUCCGCAAUGCUGUUGAGAUUUCCCCCUUCCACGGUCACGCCUGUAGUCAGAAACCGAGUCCUUGCCAGAACAGCGGACUUUGCGUACCCAAGAAAGAGAGCUAUGAGUGCGUCUGCCAGAGAGGCUUUUCAGGAUUGCAGUGUGAGCGAGUAACUAUUGAGAAGUCUGCUGGAGAGUCUGAAGCCGUGUCCUUUGAUGGUAAAACCUACCUGGAGUAUCAUAAUGCUGUGACCAAAAGUGAGAAGGCUCUGUUGUCCAACCAGUUUGAGCUGAGUAUCAAGACUGAAGCCACCCAGGGUCUCAUCCUAUGGAGCGGGAAAGGAACAGAGCGUUCCGACUACAUUGCCCUCGCGGUGGUGGGAGGUUAUAUCCAAAUGAUCUAUGAUCUGGGUUCUAAGCCAGUCAUCCUUCGCUCCACGGUGCCUGUUAACACCAACCAGUGGAUCCGUAUCAAAGCAAUGAGGAACAACAGAGAUGGCAUUCUGCAGGUUGGUAAUGAGGCCCCCGUCUUUGGAUCAUCUCCUCUUGGAGCCAAACAGUUGGAUACAGAUGGAGCCCUCUGGCUGGGUGGAAUCGAGAAACUGAGCGUCUCCUACAAGCUCCCUAAAGCGUAUAGUACAGGAUUCAUUGGGUGCAUUAAGGAUGUCCAUGUUGACCAGCAGGAGCUACACCUCGUGGAAGAUGCAUUGAAUAAUCCUCCUAUAUUAUACUGUACAGCCAAAUAAUAGGGGAACCCACUUCUCUUCCUCCUGCUGACCUACCCUCCCUCCCUCCUCUCCCCGCCCAUUCACUGCUGUAAUUAUUUUCUAUUUUUGUAAACUUAUUGCUUUUUAUAUUUUUGUGUGUGGGGGGAGGACGGAGAAGGCAGUGUCUGUAUCAGUGUAUAUGUGUGUGUGUUCUGAUCACGCAACCAGACCAAAAUCCCAAAAAGGAGGGCGGAUACAAUGUUACUCACUUAGCAGAGAAGUCAGGGUACCAGCCGGUUAUACAGAGUGUAUACAGAGAAAAUCAUAAGGGCCUUAUUGAAUUUAAAUCAGGGAUUACCGGGGGAGAUGAACUCGAUUUUUUUUUUUUAUUGAAGUUCUAAAUUUCUUUAGAAAGGGGGUGUUUGCACCUGUCCCUCUGCCAUCACACCCCCUGGUUGCAUUCUUUAUGCUCAUGUGUGUGAGUGCAUGCGUUUAACCCCCCCUGGACAUUCUGACGUGUGACGUGUUGUGCUUGGGGCUGUGCAUUCUCUAAAAUGUUCCUUUUUGGAUUGAACGGAUGUCCUAGCUGCUGGCUGAUUUGCAUGUUUGCAA